GUCUUUUCAGGCCUUUACCUUUAGAAACGUGUCUUUGGACUGGGAUGCUCGUGUAGAGGAUUUGGUAAGACGACUGACUCUUAACGAAGUAGUUGAACAGAUAACCAAGGGAGGCGUUGGUACUAAUGGACCAGCUCCUGCUAUUCAGCGCCUGGGGAUAGGAACGUAUCAAUGGGACACGGAGUGUUUGCAUGGCGCUGUUCGUCAAAAUGCCACGUCUUUUCCCCAAUCUAUUGGUUUAGCAGCGACCUGGAGUUAUGAUAUUGUCCGAAGAAUGUCCGGGGCAACAGGAGAAGAGGUCCGAGCCUACCACAUCAGUAAUUCUGGUCGUAGCGGUUUAAGUUGCUUUGCACCGGUUAUCAACAUUAUGCGGGAUCCUAGAUGGGGUAGAAAUCAGGAAACAUAUGGUGAAGAUCCUUAUCUAAAUGGCAUGUUAGCUACAGCUUAUGUGAAAGGAAUACACGGGGAUGACAAGCGCUAUAUGCGGGCUACAGCAGGAUGCAAACAUUUUAAUGUUCAUGGUGGCCCCGAAAAUAUUCCAGAAAAUAGAAACGCAUUUGACGCUCAUGUUUCUAUGAGAGAUUGGAGAACGACUUUCCUACCAGCGUUUAGAUAUUGUGUUGAAGCAGGGACUUACAAUAUAAUGUGCAGUUAUAACAGAAUAAAUGGAAUCCCAUCUUGUGCUAACAAACAAUUGUUAACAGAUAUAUUACGUAAAGAAUGGGGAUUUAAAGGUUAUGUUGUCAGUGAUAUGAAUGCCUUAGAAAACAUAGUAGAACAUCACCAUUAUAGUAAAAAUUAUGUUGAAGCUGCUGCCGCCGCUAUUAAUGCUGGAUGUAAUCUGGAAUUGAGAAGUGGGUCAAGAAAAACAACAGUGUUCGAGUCAAUUCUCAAUGCCACCAAGCAAGGAAAGAUAACUGAAGCGACCCUUAGAGAAAGAGUAAAGCCUCUUUUCUAUACCAGAAUGAGAUUAGGAGAAUUUGAUCCAUCCAAGAUGAAUCCAUACUCCUCUGUUGGAUCCGUUGUUUUAGAUGACGCUCAUAGGGAAUUGGCGUUAGAGGCGGCUAUGAAGUCAAUUGUGUUAUUGAAGAAUGAUGGUUUGCUGCCCCUAACACACACCAAGUACAACACUAUAGCUAUUGUCGGCCCGUUCAGCAAUAAUAAAAACAUAUUAAACGGAGACUAUACAGCCAAAACUGAUCCCCACUUUGUUGUCACCCCUGACGCUACCUUAAAGACACUUGGUCACCAAGUUCAUUCUGUAUCAGGAUGUAAAGAUAGUCGAUGUAACACGUAUGAUUCUAAGGCAAUCACCACAUCGGUCCAUGGAGCUCAAUUAGUUUUUGUUUGUCUUGGAUUAGGAACUGAUAUCGAACGGGAAGGACAUGAUAGAUCUGAUUUGAAUUUACCAGGACACCAGAGUCAACUACUAGACGAUGUUAUAAAAUCCAGUGGAACUGCUAAGAUAGUUUUAAUCAUGUUUAAUGCUGGUCCUGUUGAUAUUCAACAUUUUGACAGCAAUCCUCGAAUAUCUGCAAUUUUAGCUGCAUUUUAUCCGGGACAAGCAACAGGGGAUGCUCUUUUAAAAGUUGUUACUGGCUCUCACCAGGCACAGUUCGGUAGAUUACCAUACACGUGGUAUCACUCGGCUAGUCAGGUGCCCCCAAUGAUCGACUAUAAAAUGGAAGGAAGAACUUACAGAUACUUCAAAGGAAAACCACUUUAUCCAUUUGGUUAUGGUCUUACAUACACUAAAUUCCACUAUGGUAAUCUGAAAAUGGAUGCCACAGUACACGCGGGCCGCGAUCUGAAAGGAUCUGUUGUUGUUACCAAUACCGGAAGUGUUGUUGGAGAUGAGGUUGUUCAAAUCUACAUUUCCUGGGCUGAAACAACUAUACCUAAACCGCAGUUAGAAUUGGUCUUUUUUGAUCGAGUAACUAUUAAUGCACACUCCACUUCAACUGUGCAAUUCGAUAUUAAAUAUAAACAAAUGGCGCUGUUGUUAGAUAACGUUGGUUGGAGAAUCGAACCAGGAAAAAUAAAUGUUUAUGUUGGUGGUCAACAACCAAACCAGAAGAAAUCUGUUGGUUCUAAUGUACUAGAGGGAUCGUUUACUAUACAUGGAACUAAACUGCUGGGACAUUACUAGGGCACGCAUUGCUUUAAUGAUGUAAUAUUCAUCCAUAAUAAAUGAAUAAUAACUAGA